AUGUUAUUCUUCUACUUCACGAGUCCAGAUGGAACUUCCUCUUUGCCUUCCUGGCCUUGCCUGCCUUGCUGCAGCUCUGUGUGCUGCCCUUCCUACCCGAAAGCCCGCUUCCUUCUGAUGGAGAGGAGGGAUGAGGCCGGUGCAGAGAAAGCCUUCAGGGCCUUCCUAGGCAAGAAGGACGUGUCCAAAGAGUUGGAGGAGGUGCACGCUGAGGGUCGGGCCCAGAACACCCUGCACAUGGCGUCUGUCACUGAGCUCCUGCUUAACCCCGCCUUGCGCUGGCAGGUCAUCACCGUCAUAGUCACCAUGGCCUGCUACCAGCUGUGUGGCCUGAAUGCCAUCUGGUACUACACCAAUGGGAUCUUGAGGGACUCGGGCUUUGCAGAGAAUGUGAUCCCAUACAUCGUCCUCAGCACAGGCGGAAUAGAAACGCUGGCUGCCAUUGUGUCA